AUGUGUGAAGGACGUUGCGGGUGCAGUGACCUGUGUGUGCAAAUACGAGGUGGUGGGCGACAAGUGUGUUGGUACGUGAUACUCACCUCUCACCUCUCACCACUUCUCACCUCUCACCACUUCCCACCUCUCUCCACUUCUCACCUCUCACCACUUCUUACCUCUCACCACUUCUCACCUCUCACCACUUCUCACCUCUCUCCACUUAUCACCUCUCACCGCUUCUCACCUCUCACCGCUUCUCACCUCUCUCCACUUAUCACCUCUCACCGCUUCUCACCUCUCACCGCUUCUCACCUCUCACCACUUCUCACCUCUCACCACUUCUCACCUCUCUCCACUUCUCACCUCUCACCGCUUCUCACCUCUCACCACUUCUCACCUCUUACCACUUAUCACCUCUCACCACUUCUCACCUCUCACCACUUCUCACCUCUCACCACUUCUCACCUCUCACCGCUUCUCACCUCUCACCACUUCUCACCUCUCACCACUUCUCACCUCUCUCCACUCUCACCUCUCACCACUUCUCACCUCUUACCACUUCUCACCUCUCACCACUUCUCACCUCUCACCACUUCUCACCUCUCUCCACUUCUCACCUCUCACCACUUCUCACCUCUCACCACUUCUCACCUCUCACCACUUCUCACCUCUCACCGCUUCUCACCUCUCACCACUUCUCACCUCUCUCCACUUCUCACCUCUCACCACUUCCCACCUCUCACCACUUCUCACCUCUCGGCACGUGAUUCUCACCUCUCUGGCCCUGGCCCACUCGACAGUCUGCUCUCGAAUGACUGCUCUGGCCUACCGCACAUACAGCACCACAUCGUCAGCUCACCCCACAUGAUCCCCCCCUCUCUCCCCCGCUCCUCCUGCCUCCCCACAGGCACCACCACGUGUGGGGCAUGCCCUGCAGGUGCCACUUGA